AUCCGGAUGGAGGGAGUAUAUAAUUUUCCAAGUGGACAUUUAAAGUUCGAGUCAAUUUUGAUUUUCUAUUCUUUUCUGAUGUAGGUUGGCAUUGUUUCAAAGAGUGAAGCUCUACAAAGAGCAGAAGACUCUGAACUUGAUUUGGUUAUUUUAUCUCCAGAAGCAGACCCUCCCGUUGUAAGAAUAAUGGAUUACAAUAAAUACAGAUAUGAACUGCAAAAGAAGAAAAAGGACCAGCAAAAGAAAAAUGCUGCCAACCGCAUGGAUUUGAAGGAAUUGAAAAUGGGAUACAAUAUCGAUGUGCAUGAUUAUUCUGUGCGCUUGAAAGCUGCACAGAAGUUUCUAAAAGAUGGUGAUAAGGUGAAAGUUAUUGUGAAUUUAAAGGGUCGUGAGAAUGAGUUCAGAGCUAAGGCGGUUGAAUUGCUCAAACAAUUUCAAAUUGAUGUUGGAGAGCUUGCUACUUUGGAGGGCAAGAAUUUCAAAGACAGGAACAUGUUCAUAGUUCUUGUUCCAAAUAAAAUACUAUUACAGAAAGCUCAGGAACAGCCAAAGGAAAAUGACUAAGAAGCAACUCAAGUCUGAGCUGGGGUUUGAAUAUAAAUGAUUGUAAGAGCUCUGAACAUCAUAGCUUGCACUUUCACACUCCACUCAAACGAUUCAAUCUGAUCACAUUUUGUAGCAAUGUUGGCAGGGGGGGUGUGAAGAUUGAAUUAUUUUUUUAAUCUUUUAGAACUAAUAGAGAUGUUAAUUAUCAAAUGUUGGAAAAUGUUGAUAAGGAAAACUUUAGUGUGCAUAUACUUAACUAACGUUUCAUGAUUAUAAUUUGGAGAAAGUAUUCUGCCGAAUGAUUGUUGUGU